AUGGUGACUCAGGAAGUGCCACACAUAUCUAGACAUCUUGAAGAAGCACAUUCAUUAGAUGAAUUCAGUACAUCCUGUAAAGAAGUACUUAACACUAGUAACAUGAAAAAGUCUGAAGUUUCUGGAGUCAUGGCUAAAGCUGACAUCAACCCAAAAUCUAUAUAUCAUGCCAAAAAAUGGUCAGAUGAUGUAGAGAACUUAUACAGAUUUCAGCAAGCUGGAUACAGAGAUGAGUUUGAAUACAAACAAGUAAAACAAGUUGACAUGGUAGAGUGUUGGCCAGAAACUGGGUUUGUUAAGAAACUUCAGAGAAGGGACAAUACGUUCUAUUAUUAUGAUAAGCAAAGAGAAUGCGAAGACGAAGAAGUCCAUAAAGUGAAAGUUUAUGUAUAUUAG